ACUAUUCCUGCACUAUACCUGCACUACACCUGCACUAUUCCUGCACUACACCUGCACUAUUCCUGCAUUAAACUUGCACUAUACCUGCACUAUUCCUGCAUUAUACUUGCACAGGAGCAGCCCCACAGCUUGGCAAGCACCGCUAUACGUAGAGGAGGUCCAAUUUGGGUCCAUAGCCGCCUCAGGGUACAGAGAAACCCGGAAGCGAAUCGGCCACCUGUCAAGCGACGCUCUUUCGUGACAUCACUGCGACCAGACAUUGCAGAGAGGCAUGGAGACCGUUGCCUGGGAGACGCGUCCCUCCCCCUCCCUUCCUUCAAGUAAGAACUGCGGGCAGAGCGGAGACAAGGGAUUGACAUGGAGUCUGAUGAACGUGUGAAUGAAAACCUGAGGCUGCAGUUCAAGGCCCUGCAGGAGCAGCAGCAGAAACGGCUACAAAGGCUGAUGGAGAGGAAGAAAGAGAAAGAACAGGAGGAGCAGCAGCAGCGGGAGGGUUACAGCAGCACAGAUGCAUUCGGUGUGGAGGACCAGCUCCAUCUGCUGCAACCAGACAGUGGCUCUACCAGUGAUAUCGGCAAGAGGCUUUUGGAAGAUGAAAACGAUCAGCUGCACGAUCAGAUCCGGGAACUGAAGGAUGAAAAUGGCCGCUUGCAUAAACUCACGCAGGAGAAAGCGUUUGAGAUCCGACAUCUCAGGAAGAAAGUCGAGGAGGGGAAACUCGCCUUAGCAGGAACCGCUGGUUUGGCUGGUGAUGUGGCAGCCACGAAAAUCGUCGAAUUGUCCAAGAAAAAUCGGGAACUGACGGCUGAACUGGAGAGUGAAAGAACCAAAGUGAAACAGCUGACCAACAGGGUGAAAGGUGUUGAAAAGGAGCUGCAGAACCUGGCAGUGAAUUAUACAGGGAAGGAGUCUGGCCAUGUGCACACCAGGACCCAAAUGGAUGAUGGAGCUCUGGCUGAGAGUCCUGAACUGAAAGCUUUGCAGGAGAAACUAACUGCCAAAAAUUUAAAGAUGACGGAAUAUCGUAACCAAAUCCAGGCCAUGAAACAAGAACUGAAAGUCGCCCAAAAGGUACUAAUCAAUGAAGUUGGGGAGGAAGUGAAUAUAAGCCAAUUAGCAGCCUCGUCUGGUAGUUGGAGAGGACGGGCACAGCAGAUUCUCGUUUUGCAAGGGAGGGUCCGUGAGCUAGAAAGCCAGCUGGGACAAGGUAAGAGCCCAGUCUCCGAGUUGAGUUUGGAAGAGGAGAUGAUGGGAGUGUCUGUGCCAAAGAGAGUCGCUGCUCAAGAAAAGAACCUGUUCCGAAUCCGCACCUUGGAGAAAGACAGGAAGGAAGCUUUGGAGAAGAUCACAGCAGAAUAUGAGGCUCUUAAGAAAGACAACGAGGAUUUGAAGAAGAAGUUGGAGGCAUCGAAAGCCAGAAACACGGUGCUGUCCAAUGAAGUGAAGAUGCUAAAGAUGCAAAUGGCGACCAUUCUAGAUAAAGGAAAGCAUGACGAUGAGCUCAUAGAUGCCUUGCUGGGCCAGCAGAAGAACAUGCAGGAGGUUCUGACCCGUCUCAGCCAACAUGAGCAGAACAAUAACGAUUCCCAGCAGAUGCUGAACAUGCAGUUGAAUAGCGAGGCACAGAAGCAGGGCUCUCUAGUUACUCAGCUCAAGCACAUGCUCGCUGAACGGGAGGCCAAAGUGAAAGAGCUGGAGGAUGAAAUCAAACAAUUGACUCUUAAGAACCAUUACAGGAAAGAGAGCAGUGGGAAAAUAUUGGGCGUUCAAGAAUUUCCUUCAGUGUUGAAAUCGGAGAAACCGUCUCUUGACAGGUCACAGUCAGAAAGCGGAGACCAAUCUUGGUCAGGCAGCAGGGCAGUCUCGAAGCUCGGGCAUGAACUGAUCCAGACUCAGUCUCCCAAUGGGAAUAUCGGCGCUUCCCCUCGGAGUUCAGAGGUGCGAGUGCUGCAGGCGCAGGUCACAGAGUACAGAACCCUCUGUCAGGCUGCUGAGGUGGAGAGGGACAGACUGAUGGAGCUGGUCUCUGUUCUGCAGAGGAGGGCAGAGGAAAGCAAUGAGAAGCUUAUGGCUGCAGAGAAGAAGCUCCAGGAGGAGAGGAGGCGCUGUGUCUUUCUAGAGCGUCAGGCAGAGAAACUGAAGAUGGACACGGCAAAGAAUGUGGUGGGAACACAGAAGCUGUCUGCACGUGGUAAGGCUGGGCAAACCUUGACUGUCUCAAGGCACUCCGUGAAUUUCAGUGGGAAAACGGACGUUUCCUUUGCACCGGCAGACUUACCCUUGGAGACACAGAUAGAGGAGCUCCGCACACAGCUGGCCAUACAGCUGGAUGAGAAUGAAGCCAUCAAAACUUCCCUGAAGAGCACCCUUAAGACAAAAGAGGACGACCUCAAGCUCUACCAUGAGAUGAUGGGAGAAGUGAAGCAGAUCUUCAUACAAGCCUUGAGGCAGCACAAGCAAGAUCGCAAUGGGCACUAGUCUGACGUCAAGUGGCCUCCUGUCCAAUCAGAAUCCAAGAACAAUCACAACUGUGGUAUCCGCAAAAGAACAACAAGAAGGUGGCUAGAUGUGGGUUCCAAGAGAGGAGCUAGUCGGACAUCUGGUGGCCUCCUGUCCAAUCAGAAUCUAAGAACGAUUCCAACUGUUAAAUCCACAGAAGAACCAGAAGAAGGCUGCCAAACACUGCUAGUCUGAAGUUGGGUGGCCUCCUGUCCAAUCAGAAUUUAAGAUCGAUCCCAACUGUGGUAUCCACAGAAGAACAACAAGAAGGUGGCUAGAUGUGGGUUCCAAGACUUGUGCUAGUCUGACGUCAAGUGGCCUCCUGUCCAAUCAGAAUCCAAGAACAAUCCCAACUGUUGUAUCCACAGAAGAACAACAAGAAGGCUGCCAGACGUGUGUUCCAAGAGGGGUAAAUCCCUGCAUUUAUUGUUUGCAAGCCACAGCUGAUUGUUUCAGCACCUACAAUUUGUCUUGUAAAUAUCUUUGCACUUGUGAAUAAGCAGAUAAAUCAUAAACAUGGGAUCCAUAUUGUUAUGUGUGCACUGGUCUGUGUAUGAUGAAACAAGAGAGGACCCUCCUCCCAUGUGCAGACAAACCUCCCCUAAAAUAAAUGCUCCUUCAUGAGAACAUCCCCACAAAAGACAAAGUAUGGUAUCUCUUAUUACCCCUGUGGUCACGUGAUGACGUUCUUAGCCUCUGCCAUUUGUGUAACCAUGGUCUUCCCUCCAUAGUUACUGUUACUGAGACGAUUUUCUGCUGCUGUGCAGAGCGCACUUUCUACUCCAUGUUUUUAUAGGAACUUUUUAUUGUGCAUGUUGUGUGUGUAAGUGUAUAUAUAUAUAUAUAUAUAUAUUCAAGGAUCACAUGUAUGGUUUAGAGCUUUAAUUAUUUUGUUUUAC